UUUUUUUUGGUUAAAACUUAAAAGCAUGGAAGAAAAAAUUAGGAAAGAAUGAAUGGAUGCGGCAGGUUUGGGAAAAUAGAAGCAAUGAUGUGCGAACAAGUCAGAUUAGUUUUGUGGAUUUUCCAAAAAAAGGCAUUAAUUACGUGCAGCAAGAGCAUCAUUAAUUGGCAGUGAUGUUCUCCGUCUCCAUGCAAUUCAAAUCGCAUUGCAUUGCCACAAUGGAUAUGAUAUCAUCAUGAAGGGCCUUUUCAAGAACAAGCCUCGCACCCCUGCGGAGCUCGUCCGCCAUGUCCACCACCUCCUUCUCCUUCUCAGCUCCAAGUCUGACAUCGAUCAAAAGCGUGAAGAAAAGUAUCUUGCAGAUCUAAGCAGGACGAUAUUGGACAUAAGAACUGUUCUAUAUGGAAACGGUGAAUCAGAGCCAAUUCCAGAUGCGUGUUCUCAAGUCACUCAAGAGUUCUUCAAGGAGGAUACAUUUCGCCUUCUUGUCCUCUUUCUUCUAAAUCUACCACUUGGGGCUCGCCAAGAUGCUACUCAUGUGAUUGCAAACUUGCAAAGGCAGCGAAUCAAUUCACAGAUAAUAGCUUCCCAAUACCUGGAAAAAAAUUUGGAUCUCGUGGAUAUGCUAAUUAAUGGUUAUGAACAAGAUGGUGACAUUGCUUUGACUUAUGGUGCGGUUGCAAGAGAGUGCAUACGCCAUCAGUGUGUUGCUAGACAUGUCUUGGGAUCAGAUCACAUGAAGAAGUUCUUUGACUAUAUUCAACUGCCGAAUUUCGAAAUCGCCUCAGAUGCUCUUUCAACUUUUAAAGAGCUAUUAACAAGGCACAAAUCCACCGUCUCUGAAUUUCUUUCCAAGAAUUAUGAUUGGUUUUUUGAAGAGUACAAUACUCGAUUGCUAGAAUCUAACAGUUAUUUCACUAGACGACUUGCCAUUAAGUUAUUGGCGGAUAUGUUAUUGGAUCGCUCCAAUUCUGCUACAAUGGUUCGGUAUGUGAGCUCAGUAAGUAACAUGGUCAUCCUCAUGAACCUCCUAAGGGAUUCUAAUAAAACAAUUCAGUACGAAAGCUUCCAUGUUUUUAAGUUGUUCGUUGCAAACCAGAACAAGCCUCCUGAAGUUGUCAAUAUACUUGUUACAAACAGGAAUAAGCUUCUGAACUUUCUUGGUGACUUCAACUUUGAGAAAGCGGAUGAGCAAUUUCAAGCAGAUAAACAACAAGUAAUUAGUGAGAUAAUUAGUCUUGGACACAAGGAUCCCCAUGGCACAUCUAUGGACAAUUGUGAAGUUCAAUGUUGAAACUUCAUUACACACAUUACAUACAUUGAUACAUAUAGGAUAAAAAUCUUCUCAUAUUCAAAACCAACAAAACAUUAUUAUCAUGUUUACAUUUCUAUUGUUAGUUGUUUAUUUUUGGAUGUACUUUUUUUAAAUAAUCAAAUUGAUGGUGGAGAUGUGAAUAUGGGAAAAUCAUAUUCAUUUUGAACGUAAGAAGAUCCAAAUUCUUUAGGUACAUGUUUUGUUG